GCGGCCCUCCCCUGGGGUAUCCGUGGAGAUCACGAGCCCGGCGGGGCACAGUAGCUUCGGACGUCUGGACCUCCGGGGGGAGAGGGACAGAGGGCUGCCUGGGCGGGCCGCGGCGGCCCGGGGCCGAGAGGGGGAUGCCGCGGGAAGCGGAGUAGUUCCCCGAGGGGCCUGGACGGCCCCGGGCGGCUGCCGCCCCAGCUCAAAAAGUCUUCGCCUUGACAGCGCCCGCCACCCGCUCCCCGCGGAGCUACCCGGGAGGACGUCAGUCCGGCUCGCCGCCGGGCCACGUCGUCCUGCUGCCGUUUCUGACGACCUCUUCAUCCGCAGAGAAGGUCCAUUCUGGACUCGGACUUCGGUCCCGGACUGCCUGUUGCGAACCCCGCUGUGCUUGUCAGCGCCGGCGUCUUUCCGCCUCGGCGACUGACGCUGGGGCUGGCACGUGCGCCUCGUCCUUCCUGGUGCCCCGCGCAGUGGGUCGGACGUAGGCGCUCCCGGGAACGAGCCCCGGCGGGGCCGCGGCGGGUUCGUCCCUCUUUUCCUCGCACGGCCCGCCCGGCUCCAGCUCACUGGGCCCGAGAAGUGCCUGCUGAGGAGGCACGUGGGCCCCAGGGCAGUUUACUAAAGAAGGGUGGGUGGCCGGAAUUAGCCAUCGCUCUUUGCCCUUGGCCCGGGUCCAUAUGUGAUGUUGGAAACUGGAGCAGAAGUGAGACCCUGGGGAAAGAGGUCACCAGACCGCCAGGGGCGCUGAUGCCAAGGCAGCCCCUGCUCACAGGACCGGUCCAUCCGCUCUGAGCCCCCUGGCCCUGGACAGCCCCUUGGGGAGAUGAUAACCACCCGCACUGAAGUCACCUGGGGCCAGACAUUCCGGUGCACGAAGCUGAAGGCGCCCUCGCUGACCCACUCACUGCCAGAAUAAUCUGACUACUCCUGGUGCCGAUUCCUCCUUUCAACUGUGAGUCAGACUUUGACCUCGGCGCAGGCGUCAGUGGUCGCCGUGGAUCAGGAGUCUGAGAGCUUUGGUGCGAGACAAUAAAAGACGUGGGAUGAGGAUCCAGUGACAGGACGCGGUUCUGCCUGGGGAUUCAGAAGAUAACGCGCGUUGAAAAGUGGAAUUCAUGGUCGUGGAAGCCAAGCCCAUAUUAGGCAAUGUCAGGCGUCCGACCUCCGAUCAUGAACGGGCCCCUGCACCCCCGGCCCCUGGUGGCACUGCUGGAUGGCCGGGACUGCACCGUGGAGAUGCCCAUCCUGAAGGACGUGGCCACCGUGGCCUUCUGUGACGCGCAGUCCACACAGGAGAUCCACGAGAAGGUGCUGAACGAGGCGGUGGGCGCGCUCAUGUAUCACACCAUCACGCUGACCCGGGAGGACCUGGAGAAAUUCAAAGCCCUUCGGAUAAUCGUCCGGAUUGGCAGUGGCUUUGACAACAUCGACAUCAAGUCCGCUGGGGACUUAGGCAUUGCUGUCUGCAAUGUGCCAGCAGCGUCUGUGGAGGAGACCGCUGACUCCACCAUGUGCCACAUCCUCAACCUGUACCGCAGGACCACCUGGCUGCACCAGGCGCUGCGGGAAGGAACGCGGGUCCAGAGCGUCGAGCAGAUCCGGGAAGUGGCUUCCGGAGCUGCCAGGAUCCGUGGGGAGACCCUGGGCAUCAUUGGACUAGGUCGAGUGGGGCAGGCGGUGGCACUGCGGGCCAAGGCCUUUGGCUUCAACGUGCUCUUCUACGACCCGUACCUGUCGGACGGCACAGAGCGGGCGCUGGGGCUGCAGCGGGUCAGCACCCUGCAGGACCUGCUGUUCCACAGCGACUGCGUGACCCUGCACUGCGGCCUCAACGAGCACAACCACCACCUCAUCAACGACUUCACCGUCAAGCAGAUGAGACAAGGGGCCUUCCUGGUGAACACAGCACGUGGUGGCCUGGUGGACGAGAAGGCACUGGCUCAGGCCCUGAAGGAGGGCCGGAUACGCGGGGCAGCCCUGGAUGUGCAUGAGUCGGAGCCCUUCAGCUUCAGCCAGGGCCCCCUGAAGGAUGCCCCCAACCUGAUCUGCACCCCCCACGCGGCCUGGUACAGCGAGCAGGCGUCCAUCGAGAUGCGCGAGGAGGCAGCCCGGGAGAUCCGGAGAGCCAUCACAGGCCGGAUCCCCGACAGCCUGAAGAACUGUGUCAACAAGGAUCACCUGACAGCCGCCACCCACUGGGCCAGCAUGGACCCUGCUGUUGUGCACCCUGAGCUCAAUGGGGCCGCCUACAGCAGGUACCCCCCAGGUGUGGUGAGUGUGGCUCCCAGUGGCAUCCCAGCCGCAGUGGAAGGCAUUGUACCCAGCGCCAUGUCCCUUUCCCACGGCCUGCCCCCCGUGUCCCACCCGCCCCACGCCCCUUCUCCUGGCCAAACCGUGAAGCCCGAGGCGGAUAGAGACCAUUCGAGUGACCAGUUGUAGCGCGGACGCAGCUCCGCAGCCUCGGCGCCAGUGGGCCGCGACCUUGGACAGGCGUGUGCAGGGGAGGUGCCCUUGGUUGGCAGCGGCACUCCAGAGACUGUCCGGGCGCCAGGCGCGGGAGGCAGCGCCGGCCUCCUCCACGCUGCCCGGCCCCGCCCGGCUGUGCCGCCCCGUGUUCUCUGCGUCCUCGUCGAGCAAAACCAGUUAGUAGUUAACUCCACCACGAGCGUCCUCGUCUGUGUGCAGCCUGUAGAGCGUCACAAGGGUCUGUUUGCUUAGCUGCCCACGACCAGCGCCCCGAGCCAGCCCCACGUCGGUUCAGACCGGCCCUCUUUCCUGCGGGACGUGCCGGAGCAAGGCAGCUGGCAAACUUCUCAGGACAAUGAAUCCUCCUCUUUUUCUUUCUAUGCCACUCAGUGCAUUGUUUUUUCUACCUGCUUGUCUUAUUUUUAGAAUAAUUUAGAAAAACAAAAGGCUGUUUUUCCUAAUUUUGGCAUGAACCCCCCUGUUCCAAAUGAAGGCGGCACUGCGCAGUGGCUGGAGAGGCAGGUGCACGCGGCGCGCUCUGCCGUCGGCGCUGCCCCGGGGAUGCUAGGCGCAGCGCCCGGCCUGCGCAGGUGCCGUCCUGCUGAUGUGGUAGGCUAGCAAUAUUUUGGUUAAAAUCAUGUUUGUGACUGUAACCAUUUGUAAGAAUUAUUUUAAAGAAAUAAAACCCCAGAAAGAGCCGGCA